AUGCCAUCCGAAUCUCUCCUACCAAAUGCCAUAGGAGCAUUGGUCGACGAUGGUAUCCAUAUCACCUGGCGCUUGUCCAAUGAAACGACGUCUCUGUCGUAUAUCUGCUGGCCGGCUGCAACGGAAGAGGUGUCUCAUAUUCCAUACCACAGCAUAGUGUGGUGCUCGCCAGUGGCGGACACAGAAGACGUGUUCGAGAUCAGCUAUGUGACGCUCAUCAGCAAACUCCACAAAAUGAAACUGAUCUUCGUCCAGCUCUCAGAGGCAGGCUACCAGAGCAGCGAACGGUGUGCUUCUCAGAUACUCAGUGCCGCGUAUACUGGUAGUUUCCACCAGCCGCGGAUUCUUCUUUUGCUCAAUACGAAGGGUGGAAAGGGCGAUGGUGCGGCUAUUUACAAGAGCCAGAUAGAACCUAUAUUGCGUGCUGCUCGCACCCAGUUCACUUGCAUCGAAACAACCCAUUCCAAGCAUGCCAUGCAGAUCGGACAGGAGGUGGACAUUUCCAAAUACGACAUUGUCGCGUGCUGCUCAGGUGAUGGUAUACCGCACGAAUUUAUCAAUGGUUUGUACAAACGUCAAGAUAGCGCCGACGCAUUCAACAAACUUGCUGUGACCCAACUCCCUUGCGGGUCUGGUAACGCGUUCUCCUUGAGCACAUAUGGAACAUGCGAUUCCGGAUUGGCUACGCUUGAAAUGCUCAAGCUGUCAACAAUGAAGAUGGACGUCAUGUUGUUACAACAAAGAGACAACACUUUCCUUUCCUUUUUGUCCCAGGCGUACGGCGCCAUCGCAGAUUCCGACAUUGGAACCGAGCAUCUCCGGUGGAUGGGCCCGGUACGCUUCGAGUUGGGCCUUGCCUACAAAGUGUUCACCAAGGCAAGGUAUCCGUGCGACUUGUACGUGAAGUACGCUAUUGAGAACAAGCAGCAGAUCAAGGACCACUUCAGGCUGUACAAUAAGUAUCAGGAUUCCAAAGUCACCACAGAAGUCUUAGAGGUGACGUCUGAAGAAUUGCGCUCCAAGUAUCCAUCAAUCACUUCGUCGAUUCCAGAUGAUUGGAAGGCUCUUCCCUCCCAAGAAAUGGACAACUUGAGCAUUUUUUACGUCGGAAACAUGCCCUAUGUCCUGACAGAUGCACAGUUCUUUCCUGCUGCGAUUCCCGACGAUGGGUGCAUGGAUCUAUUACUAUUCAACAGUAAGAUGUCUGUUCUAGACUAUACCAACCUUCUUCUCAACGUGUCGAAUGGUGGCCAUGUCCACCACGAUGAGGUGCGUCACGCAAAGGUCACUGCUUAUCGUUUAGUUCCUCGUGUAGAUCCAAAACACCAUUACAUUUCGAUUGAUGGAGAGUCUUUUCCUGUGGAACCUAUACAAGUCGAGGUGCUCCCCAAGGUACUCACAGUGCUUCUGAAAGAUAAAUCGUACGUCGAAACGCGAUUCGGAGAACACUAA